AUGGCUAAUCGUUUCUCUUUUAUUAUAGGUUCUUUAUUUACAUCGAAAGCAGCAACAACAACACUCACAGUUCCGACAAAUGAUACACUUACUUGUUACACAUGUAUUGAUUGUGAUGAACCAUUUAACUCCAAUAAUGUAGCAACGGUAACAGUGCCUGCUAAU